AUGGCUCAAAAGUUUGAGAACCACAGCCUUAUUAAACACAGCUACCAUACCAACAUGCAACACAUCAUCAUCAUGACAUUCUUCUGUGCAGCAAUCAUGCAAACUGUAGUGUUUCUCCUCUUUAUGGGAGUAGUGGAUUUGAGCAUCAGCCAACACAACAACCCAUUCCAGUGGCUGCUCCAUCGACAGGGGCGGUGGCAAAAUGCUGGCUGGCAGAGUGAGAACAUGGAUUGCCCCCUGCAGUGUGACUGUCCCCAAGCCUUCCCUACAGCUAUGUACUGUAACAGCCGGAAUCUUCAGUACAUUCCCUAUGUCCCAUCCCAUAUAAAAUAUGCCUACCUGCAGCACAACCAGAUCACAGGCAUUAAGUAUGGGGUAUUUGACAAUGCUACCAACCUGGUCUGGAUAGUUUUAUCUCACAACCAGCUCAGCUCAGACAAGAUUAGUGAGAAUGUCUUCAGCAAGCUAAAAAACCUGGAUCAGCUUUACCUGGAUCACAAUGAGCUGACCCGUGUGCCUCAGAACUUGCCCAGCUCUAUCACAAACCUGCGACUUGGUCACAACAUGAUCUCAAAAAUCCCCCUGAGCACAUUUGAGAGGAUGACCAACCUCACCAUUCUUCAGCUCCAAGCAAAUGUCAUAGAGGACAUAGGAGGUGGGUUUAAGGGACUGAAGUCUCUGACCUUUUUGGAUUUGAAGAAAAACAAGCUGAAGAAAAUCCCUGACAACCUCCCUGAUAAUUUGCAGCAGCUCUACCUGGAGUCCAAUAACAUAGAGAGUGUACCAGAAGGCUUUCUGUCUAUGUAUCCUAAACUGCAGUUUGUCCGACUGGCUCAUAACAUGCUGACUGAUAAGGGACUGCCAGCCAAUGUUUUCAAUGGCAGCACACUCGUUGAGCUUGACCUGUCUUUUAAUAAACUGGAGAAGAUCCCUGUGGUCAGCAUGAACCUGGAGAACUUGUACUUACAAGCUAAUAAGAUCAAAGAGUUCUCCCUGAGCAGUUUCUGCAGUACAACUGACAUGACAAACUUCUCCAAGCUGAAAAUGUUGCGUUUGGAUGCCAAUGGGAUCGGAGCCAGAGACAUUCCUGCUGAAGCUGCCUACUGUUUGCGGCAUGUUGCUUUUAUUGAUGUGUAG